AUGGGUAACUCAACAGGAAGCACCGUGGAUGACCUGCAGGCAGUGGAGAUGCACCUCUGGUACAAGAAAUUCAUGACGGAGUGCCCCUCAGGUCAGCUCACCCUGCACGAGUUCAAGCAGUUUUUUUUUUUCGGGCUGCGAGGGUUGGAUCCUGAGGCCAACGCCUACAUCGAGCAGAUGUUCCGCACGUUUGACAUGAACAAGGAUGGCUACAUAGACUUUAUGGAGUAUGUGGCGGCUCUCAGUCUGGUGAUGCGAGGAAAGAUGGAGCACAAACUGCGCUGGUAUUUCAAACUUUAUGAUGUGGAUGGCAACGGCUGCAUUGACCGGCAUGAACUCCUCAACAUCAUAAAGGCCAUCCGUGCAAUCAAUGGGAAUGAAAAUCAGGAAGGAACUGCUGAGGAAUUCACAAACCGCGUGUUUGACAGGAUUGAUAUAAACGGAGAUGGCGAGCUCUCCUUGGAGGAGUUUGUGGCCGGCGCUCGCAGCGAUGAAGAUUUCAUGGAGGUGAUGAUGAAGAGUCUGGACCUCUCCCACAUUGUGGCGAUGAUCCACAACAGGAGGCACAGCGUUUAG